AUGGCUUUGUUAUAUUUCGACGUAAAUGUUAUUGUCGCUAUACGGGUUGUAAAAUUUUUGGAAUAUGAGUUACUACUUUGGAAAAAAAAAUUGAAUGAUUUUCUGAAAACUUGUUCUACGACAAAUCACAAACAGCUUGUUAAAUACUUAAAGGAUGUCAGUUAUGAAGAAAAACAACUUUUGAACGCUUAUUCAAAUAUCAUUGGAGCUUUUAAACUGUGCCACAAUGUUUUUGGAAUGUCUAUAUUGCUGCUAAUGGUGGAAGGAUUUGGACAUCCUCUAAUAUAUAUCCAACUUAUUAUAGAUGUCGCCAAAAGUUCCACAGAAAACGCAGAAGCCACCUCUAUAACCAGCCUCUUGGUAACCUUCAUAUGGAUAUUGAAGUCGGUAACCCUGAUCAGUCUCUUAUGCGUGGCCUGUCAAAAUUUCUAUUUGACCGUGGCUGAUGUGGAAACUGCCUGCUCGGUCGUACGGUGUGAUGAGGGAUGCCUUGUAUCAGCCCACCGUCUCUCCAAGAACGUGCAACGUUUCGGCGCAUGCGUGGGAGCGAGACGGAUGAUGCGCCCUUUCAACCUGGUGUCAGUCAGCGCGGCGACACCGCUUCACAUGCUGACCGUGCUCGUUACAUAUACUGUCGUGCUACUCCAGUUCGCAUUUCUGUAGUGUUAAUAAAUUAUUGCGACUGUGUCGUUACUCUAAGAAUCAUAGAC